UCUCACUAUAAUGUUUGAUAGAAAAUAUCUAGGAAUAACAGAUUAUAUCGUAAUAUGCUCAUCUCUAUUGAUAUCGGUAGGUAUUGGAAUAACAUCAAGAUUAUUAUCCGGUGAGCAAAAAACUGCAAAUGAAUACAUAUUGGCUGGAAAGAAUAUGAAAAGGCUUCCUGUGAUUUUGUCUAUUAUCGUAACUCUUGUAUCACCUUCAACAAUGCUGGCAGUUCCAGCCGAGAUUUACAAGUAUGGAUUAGCUUUUGUAAUGGUUCCUCUUGCUUUUCCAAUCGGUGUGUUUCUAGCAUCUUGGAUAUUUAUACCAGUGUAUUAUCAAUGUGAAGUUUCAACGAUUUAUGAGUUUCUUGAGAUACGCUUUGGAAAGAUGACAAGGUACAUUGUUUCAACCCUGUUUCUUGUACAAAUGGUAACUACCAAUUACCAUUACGGACUUUUUUCUCCAUUGAAAAAUAUUAUUUAA